AUGAUGAAUUUCCUGAAAAUUCAGCCAAGCACAUCGCUUGGGGUGAAGAUACUGACAAAGACGAAAAAGAAAAACAAUAUAUUUGGAUUGGAUUUUGUGCCGAUCAUCGAUGGUGACUUUCUACCUGAACCAAUAGACGAACUCAGAAAGAAGUCACUCGGCCGAGUGUGCAUUGCAGGCGUUACCGAAUAUGAAGCGCUCUUAUUCGCAUCAAUGGGCAAGAAACAGUAUGAUUAUGAGUCGAUCAAACGCAUGGUAAAUAGUUCGAUUCAGCCGGAGCGCUUCUCGAAUUAUGAGGAGUUACGGAACGAAGCUAUGAAGUUGUAUGUGAAAGAGGGACAGAGCAAGGAUGAUCUUAUGAAAUCGUACAUCCGACUCUUCAGUGAUAUCUUCAUCAAUAAUGGUGUUCAUCAAUUUUGUGACCGUAUGGUACAAGCUGGCCAUAUUGUUUAUCUAUACAAUUUUCAAUACUGUCCACAAACUAUUGGUUUGUUGGGGUGGUGGUUCCCAUUUCUUGGAACCUUUGUAGUCGCAAUUGUUGAUUUUUUUUCAGCCGCAACUCAUUGCACCGAAUUGCCGUAUUUAUUCGGUAAAGGUAUCGUUCAUACAUUUCAUCCGAAUGAAAACGAUUUACGGAUGUUGGAUCGUUUCACAACAUUAUUCACGAACUUCGCUAAAUUUGGGUAA